CCUAUCGUAGGUUCAGUCGAAAUAAUUCGCGAGUGCACGAAACAAUUUCAAGUUAAACAUGCCGGUGACCAGGUGAUCGACGACGCGCACCCUGUGCACUUUUUAAGCGGACGACACGACGCUGAUAAUAGGAAAUCGGUAGAUACGCACGCGAGUGUCCACGAACGAUUUGAGAUUGUUUUUUUUCGCGAACGAGGAUGAGAGGGAAUAGGCUUUGGUUCGUGCUGUUCUUCUACGCAGCAACUUUACUGCAAAGCCUCAUCAAAGGAUACGACACGCCGGUAGACCCUCAGUACCACAUCCAAACUGACGAGGGACCCGAAAGGUACUUUAGAUAUCAAACAUUAAGCGGCCAGUACCGGAAAGAGAAACGACUGGAAGAUGGUACGGUCAUUGGAAGUUAUGCCUGGAUAGAUGACGAUGGUAUUCUUCGACAAAGAGACUAUAUCGCUGACGGGGGAGGGUACAGGAUCACCAAGAGCAAAAAUCUGUAUGUGGGCAGGAACAUGCCUGUAUGGGAAGCAGUAAAGGCUGCUAAAAAGUAUCCAGCUUCAGCUGGGACUUUGGUAUCCACCAAAAGUCGACCAGGUGAUGCUAGACCUACUGUUACAGUAGGAGGGUUCAAUAGGCAAGCUGUAGAAAAAGCUCCAUCACCGAUCUCUCUUACUUCAACAACCCCACUACCACCGCCGUCCUCCACAGCAGUCACCUCGUGUGCCAACUGCAUUCUCACUCCAACCACCUACAAGCCAGACGUCUCCUACUUUGGAUCCACCGUUAAUCCACACGUGGAAAUAUCCAACAAUGCCCUGCCCUCAUCGACUCUUGGAGUUUUGGAAAGUUCCACGUCGAAACCGUAUGUGGAAAUCACCCCUGGUGGUUUUAGUAGUACCGUGGCGCCAGACGUUGGAUCCAGCACCGCAGGGUUGCCUCUGGAGUACCUCAAGACUAGUUUGCAAUAUCCAGAGACUUCUACGGUGGCCCCAAUUGUCGUUUACGAUAAUUUACCUACUUAUACAGAAAGUGAUCAAAAUUCUUUGGAUUAUAAUCCUUACGUGAAUCCCGGAGUGUAUUUCCAGAACGGUCCUACAUACCCUAUAGACCGUAAUGGGCAUACCUACAGGGGUAACAAGAGGUAUUCAAACGCUCGUAUUGGAACUGGUUAUGAGAAGCAGUAUCCAGAAUACGAUGGGGUGUCUGUGACUAACGAUGGGUUCCGAUAUUACAUUCCUAGGGCUUACCAUGAAGAGCAAACGGGAGCAGGAAAUGAAAAGUCUGGAAGUUUCGGGUAUAUUGACCCCUUCGGGAUUAGGAGGGUGGUUUACUACAAUGCGAAGCCUGGAGAAGGGUUCCAGCAUAGAAAAAACAAUCGGUACGUGGGGCUAGACGCAACCCCUUAUGACCCCAGACCCUACUGAGGGUGCGAGAGCUGUGAUUUCGGUUGUGCUGCCAUUAGGAUGAGGAAUUUGGCAGGAAGAACAUUGACUUUCUUGCCGCAGUGUUUGAUAAAUUAUUAACAUGUUUUAACCAAUUUUAUAAUUUAGGUAUUUAUUUUUUUUAUUGUAUAACUAGGUGCCAUAACAUGAUAAUUAAUUCACAUUAAGGGGUGUUCUAUAGGUUGAUAUAGGGUUUCUAGGAUUACAGUUUUCAAAUGUAAAACUCUUGUCCAGGAACCAUUUUGAUAAUAGAACUCCACAUCUGGGAUUGCCGGCUUUGGGAUCCAGGAUUGUAGAUAGUUGAUAAGGUUUUAUUAGUAUUAGGGUUGGCACUAGAUUAACAAAUUUGUAUAUAGUAGGUGGUAAGGAGAAUAAAGAAGUUUUUAACUCA